AUGGCUCGCUACCGGCUCACAGCUCUCUCAUACAUCGCAGCUGUGUUGGUUAUAAUACCAUCACCUUCGCAAUGGCGGGCGGGGAACAUUUCAGUUUUAUCAAUCAUAGCGUGGUUGUUCAUACUCAAUGUUUACCGCGGGACAAACACGAUAAUUUGGGCAAAUAACGUAAGGGUUGUGGCGCCGGUUUAUUGUGACAUUGGCAACUUACUGUGGGUUGCUGCUAUGUGGGGGUUACCAGCAAGUGCUGUCUGUCUCACACGAUAUCUUGCGAGUAUAACUUCCCCAACCCAUGCUAUUAGUGGCCUCAGAGAAAAACGAAAACGUUUCUGGUUCGAGAUGACGAUGUGUGUCUUUUUGCCAUUCGUUUACGCUGGCCUUCAUUAUGUUGUGCAGGGCGAUAGGUUCGACAUCUUGGAGGAUUUUGGUUGUCAGCCUGAUACAUACUUCAAUUGGGUAGCAAUCUGUCUCGUAUAUGCUUCUUCUGUUGCCCUUUCCUUCAUCUCCUCAGUCUAUGUUGGUAUUGCAAUGUAUCGGCUGGCGCGAUACAGCGUGACAUGCCGCAGGUUGCUUACUGAUUCGCCUUCUGGGCUCACUAGAGGCCAAUAUAUCCGACUUAUGGCUCUCGGUUUGGCAGAGGUUGCCACCGAUCUCGGGAUGAACUUAUAUGUCCUCAUUACCGAUUUGAAGUUGGGCGGUAUAGAACAUUCAGUCAGCUGGGCACGAGUUCACUACCACUAUGGUGUAAUCGGGAAGGCCACCAACGCUAGCAUGACUCCGCAGAUAAAGACAUUUAAUACCGUGAUAUUCACUAUCCCCAUUAACUCGGGUUUCGCAUUCUUUUGUAUCUUUGGGUUUGGUCGAGAGGCGAUUGCGGACUACAAGAAAUUUUGGGCCUGGAUCAAGACUCACAUUUUCCGAAUGGGCCGUCCUGCCACAGUUAUGGGACAUGAACACACGAUUGUUCGGAUUCCUGCCAAAAAAUCGAGUGGCGUCGAUGAUAGGAAGCACGAGAUGCCUGCUCACACAGCGUUGGAUGGUAGUACCCAGUCGAAGUCUGGGUCAAGGAGGGGUAUGAAUUGUCACGAUGAUGAUGACAGCGACUUUGUGUCUCUCGCAGACAUUGAAAACCCCAAGCCCACCGAACUCAUUCAUCCUCCAUUAGCCGUGCCUCCCCCCACAUUCCUCAUACCUGCUACGUCACACCCACGCCAGCGCGCAUCGAUAAAUGCCGACGACAUUCACAUCUCAUUACCAACAUUGGCCUCGGGAAUCAACCCAGGGGCUUCCCCUAAGCUUUGA